AUGUCAGGUGAAAAUGAAUGGAAUGAGGAAUUAUGUGGUUGUUGCAGUGAUUGCAAAACAUUCUGUUAUGGUUUUUGGUGUACACCAUGUUUAUUUGGUACAAAUGCAGAAAAAAUCGAUGGCAAAAAUUGUUUUUUAAUGUGUUGUCUUUAUGGAAUUCUGACGAAUGUUUACUUAUGUUGGUUGCCGCAUUAUUUUGAACGUCAAAAGUUACGUGAAAAAUAUAAUUUAAAACCUAAUCCAUCAUGCGGUGAUUGUCCAACAACAUUAUGUUGUAGUCCAUGUGCAUUAUGUCAAGAAGCUCGUGAAAUGAAAUCGAGAAAAAAUGAACAAGGUGUAGCUUUCAAAACUACUGCUACUCAACCGAUUGUUUCACAGCCAGUACCAGAUUCGAAAGAUGAAAAUCCUGCUAAUAUACGACUUUAA